AUGGACGUCGACCUCCAUCCGCCUGACGACUACAGCCACCGCUUUUUCAUCUGGCACGAGUGGAUACUGGCACAUGGCCCGCUCACUGCGGAGAACGCGUUCGACUAUUUCACCACAUCAAUGUUCUACGACAAGCAGAGCAAUAACCAGGUCCUGCGGAUGCAGACCAUGCACACCGGCCUCCCGCUCGUCAAUGAAGCGGAGGAACUCAGACGCUUCACCGGCAUCGAGUUUGCUCUCGUGCAUGCCGAGCCGCCCUCGCUGUUUAUAAUACACAAGCGAGAGCGUCUCUCACCCCACGAAGUCCGCCCCCUCGCUGUCUACUUUAUUCUCAACCACCGCAUCUACCAAUCACCGGACGUGUACACCUUGAUUUCCAACAGGCUCCUCACCUCGCUGCAUUCGCUCCAAAAAUCCCUCGACACCUUGCGCUCUCAUAGGCCCACGUACACGCCCCGCACAGGCUUUGUGUGGCCGAUCGUGGAACCGCCCGCGACUGACGCCGCGGCGAGCAAGAAGCGUGCCGCUGCCGAGGGUGAGCCCGUGCCUGCCGCAGAAGUACCCGAGGAUCUCUCGUCGGAGCGUGGGCUCCCCGCGGGUCCCGCCGAUGCGAAGCGGCAGCAGAACAACAUGCUGCUCUUCAACGCCAUGCGUACGACGGCCUUUCACGCGCAUGAAUCCUUCCAGCUUCCUGCGGCUCCAUCUGAGGAAUCCGUCCCGGAAACGCCUGCUACUGCCACUGCAGGACGGUCUUCUAUGACACCGGCACCCGUUCCGAGGGGCACGACUCCGAAGGGCCCUUCCAACGCACCUACGCCUCAAGAACCGCCUGCCAGAGGUCCGCCCGGUGGCGGGAAGAAGAAAAAGAAGAGUAAGUUGUGCAGGCAGGUCACCAUUCAUUCCGGAUCUGAUUCGUGUGCUUUACCAAGGGACGUUGACCCUGCUAACGCCUGCGCCGUGACUGUCCCGCGUGCACUUUCAUGA